GCAGCUCACUUUCUCACUCUGACAGAGAGCAGUGAGACAAGUAGGUGGCCUCCAGUACCAUAGAUAUGAGUUCUUAGAAACUAAUAGAGGGUGAUCCUAACACACAAGGUGACUGUCUGUGGUUUCUUCACUGGUGACAUGCAUCUCACUCCGGGUGGAGGUUCGGAUUGGUGCCCAGACCCCCGAGCUCUGAAAGUGACUGUUGGGGGGCAUUGUGUCCAAAGAGAGACAAAGUCCUCAGUUAAACCGAGACCCAGGAGGUCACUUAUCUGUCUAGAUCUGCUGUGUCUCUGUGUUGUGUCUGCGCCUUUCCUUAUCUGUGAGUUGGGGCUGGUCACUCCGUUUCAUCGUGGAUUUUUCUGUGAUGAUCUUUCCAUCCAGUACCCAGCUAUAUCAGAAGAAACUGUGAGUGAUACAUUGCUGAUUAGUGUGGGAAUUCUCAUCACAGGAUUUGCUAUUGUACUGGGGGAGUGUCUUCGUGUCAGCAGACACCGCAGUCCUCUGUCUUGCCCUAGAGAGGGUUAUUUAUCAGCCACAUAUCGCCAGCUGCUUCCCUUUCUAUUUGGAUCAGCUCUUGGACAGUCUCUCACCAACACCGCUAAACUGAGUGCAGGGCGUCUGAGGCCAAACUUCCUUUCGAUAUGCAAGCCAGAGUUUCUCAAUUGCACAAUAGGAUACAUAGAAGACUACACAUGUACAGGAAACCCCAAAUAUGUGGAAGAGGCCAGGAAAUCGUUUUACUCUGGGCAUGCCUCAUUUUCAAUGUACUCUAUGCUUUACCUUUCUUUUUACCUACAGGCGCGAUUCACGUGGCGCGGGGCUCGCCUCUUACGUCCUCUUCUUCAGUUUGUUCUGAUCCUUGUGGCUCUAUACACAGGACUCACACGUAUUUCUGACUACAGACAUCACCCCUCAGAUGUUGCAGUGGGAUUCUUGCAGGGAGCGCUGGUUGCUUUCUGUGUGGCAUUUUACAUUUCUGAUAUGUUUCGGCAGAAGAGCCCACAAUCUAUUCCCCUCAUUCCCCGAAAUGACAGUCGUGAAACAUUUACCAACUGUUAGACCUCAAUAAACUGCUCAUUAUAGAGCAAGGGGGGGAGAAUAAGAGACUUCUCAGGAACAGAAUGUCUAUGUGCAGGCACAUAUUAAAUGACUAUAGUAAUGGUGGACAUGACACAAUGCAAGUGGAACACACAUGAACAUGAGAAGUUACUUUUCAGCACAGAUGGAAAUGGACAGUGCUACAGAGUCUAGAUCCUCAUCAAUUCAUUUACAAAAAAAAGGAUUAAAGAUUAUGCAGUGCAUAAAGGAUGACUGCUCAAUGUAUUUAUAGUGAAUGCCAAUAAAGUUAUUGUUUAUAAAAAAAAAAAAAGAACUAUACAACAGUAAAACCUUACAUUUCAUUUGCACUUUAAAAUUUAGCAUUCACUCUUCUGAAGUAAUAAAGCUGAUUUCCUGAUGUGGGAUUUUUUUUUUAUGGGUUUCCUGUAUAACAUUGUCAAAUGUCUAGACCUCAGCUGAAAUGAGAUGGGUUUAAACCUAGUAAUAAAUAACCAGUUAGUUCCAGAUGAUAUAACUUUCUUACACUUCUGUUGAAUCAGAAAAAUAUUUUAUUAACAAAAAAGUUUAUCAUUAUUAUAUUGUAAAUGUUUAAAAGAAAAUCUAUGUUACAAACUUUAAAGCACAUUUUUAAAGGGACACAUUGGUCAAACUUUAAAUGCACAGUCAUCAGUACAUUUCAAUAUAGAAACAUUUUGCAAUGUACAUGUAUUAUAAUAUAAACAUGAUUCUAUUGAAAGUUAUGAUUGUGAGCUUUAUCUGAAAUUGUCAUUUUGUUGCAUAUAUAUAUAUGAUCCAACUGAGGGUAAAACACUCUCAAAAAUUAGAAUGAAAUCCUGAACCCUGUUGUUGACCAGGGGUGCACUUCAAUGUGGUAUAAAUAACUUUACUUUAAAAUAAAGUUAUAUAUAUUGGUCAA